GAAAAAGGUCGCACCUUAAAAAGAGCCAAAGUCCUUUUCCCGUCUCACACUCCACCUCUCUCUUUUCCCCCACGGACCCCCUCUUGAUACCCAUCCUUGUCCUCGCCCCCAUCCCCUUCUUCUUCUUCUUCUUCAGCAGCAGCAGCAGCAUCAUCAUGGUUUCUAAAUGGCGCAUCCAGGCGCGCACAAAGGCCCUAUUUCUGUCCUACGGCAAAGACUGGGCCCUUGUCCUGAUCGUCCUCGCUGCCUUCUCCUACAUCGAUACCCUCGAACCCUUCCACCGCCAGUUCUCCGUCAAGGAUACGACCAUCCAGCAUCCCUUUGCAAAGAAAGAGACAAUUCCUGUCUGGCUUGCGCUCAUCCUCGCUUUCAUCUUGCCCGGAAUCAUCAUCGGCUGUAUCGCCAUCUUCCACCGGAGGUCCUACACUGAUCUGCACAAUGGCUUACUCGGUUUGUUCCUUGCUCAGGCACUCGUCUUGAUUGUUACAGACAGCAUCAAGAUCGCCGUAGGAAGGCCUCGCCCCGACCUUCUCGAUCGGUGCCUCAGUAUCUACGACAAUGACUAUGAUGGCACACCCCUUCCAUUGCUCACAGACCCAGUCAACAUGCUCUCCAACACUUCUAUCUGCACCAGGACGGAGCUGCUCAGGGACGGCUUCAAGUCCUUCCCCUCCGGACAUUCCUCCUUCUCCUUUGGUGGACUUGGCUACCUAUCCAUGUAUCUUGCAGGAAAACUCCAACUCUUUGAUGAGCGUGGGCAUAUUUACAAGUCCGUGGUCGUACUCGCCCCUCUCAUCCUGGCCGCGUUGAUUGCGACAUCUCGCGUGGACGACUACAGACACCAUUGGCAGGAUGUGACAGUCGGAUCCUUCAUCGGCUCUGUCUUUGCAGUCUUUUCCUACCGCCAAUACUACCCUUCCCUCGCUGCUGCGAAGUGCGGUCGCCCGUUCUCACCUCGUGUCUUUGAGGAGCUUUUGCCAACAACGCUGUUGUCUCACCAUCAUCAUCACGAUCAAGACGGCGAGCCACGCGCGGGGGAUGAGUCGUCUCGGCAAUCGUUCCUGAACAACAUGGGUGGAGCAGGAUCAAGGGAUAGUACUGCAAACAAUCUCUCAGGAACGAGUUUGGACGAGAUUCACGGUCAGGGCCCCAAAUAUGACACAACCUUGCCAUACGACCGGGUGCGUCUUGGACAGUAAAACUAGUAGGACCUUCUCGGGACUAACAUUGGCGCGAUCGGUCAAAGAUCUUACAACCAACAUCUAUCGGCAACAGCCCUGUGCAUACGCCCAGUGUGGUCGCACUUCUUGGUCCCAUGCGCCCGCGCACGCAAGCCCAAACGGCAUACCAUUAAACAUAUGCAUCUUCCUCAUUCUCCGUUAAUAAACUCUGAACUCUCACCCAC